GGCGGGGGACUCGGCUGCCUUGGCCCCUUCGCGCUGCCGUCUUUUCCGGCAGUUGGAGAGCUUCCUGUUGUCCUUACCCGCACCCGCCCCUCGGCCCCUGCCUCAGAGACCCCAUCCUCUCGUCUGGUUGGCGGGGUGCUGCCUCUGGGGCUUCGCCUGUCCGCCCGUCGAGAGAGAUCACUGGCCCGGCCCGCGUCUGCGGCUGUCGGGGGCUCUUCCUCCCCGGGGCUCUGCAGCCAUGGCAAUGACAGGCUCAACACCUUGUUCCUCCAUGAGUAAUCACACAAAGGAAAGGGUGACCAUGACCAAAGUGACACUGGAGAAUUUUUACAGCAACCUUAUCGCUCAACAUGAAGAACGAGAAAUGAGACAAAAGAAGUUAGAAAAAGUGAUGGAAGAAGAAGGCCUAAAAGAUGAAGAGAAGCGACUGAGGAGAUCAGCGCAUGCUCGGAAGGAAACAGAGUUUCUCCGUUUGAAGAGAACAAGACUUGGAUUGGAAGAUUUUGAGUCCUUAAAAGUAAUAGGCAGAGGAGCAUUCGGUGAGGUGCGGCUUGUUCAGAAGAAAGAUACAGGGCAUGUGUAUGCAAUGAAAAUACUCCGUAAAGCAGAUAUGCUUGAAAAAGAGCAGGUCGGCCACAUUCGUGCGGAGCGCGACAUUCUAGUGGAGGCAGACAGUUUGUGGGUUGUGAAAAUGUUCUAUAGUUUUCAGGAUAAGCUAAACCUCUACCUAAUCAUGGAGUUCCUGCCUGGAGGGGACAUGAUGACCCUAUUAAUGAAAAAAGAUACCCUGACGGAAGAGGAGACUCAGUUUUAUAUAGCAGAAACAGUGUUAGCCAUAGACUCCAUUCACCAACUUGGAUUCAUCCACAGAGACAUCAAGCCAGACAACCUUCUCCUGGACAGCAAGGGCCAUGUGAAGCUUUCUGACUUUGGCCUUUGCACAGGAUUGAAAAAAGCACAUAGGACAGAAUUUUAUAGGAAUCUGAACCACAGCCUCCCCAGUGAUUUCACUUUCCAGAACAUGAAUUCCAAAAGGAAAGCAGAGACCUGGAAAAGAAAUAGACGUCAGCUAGCCUUCUCCACAGUAGGCACUCCUGACUACAUCGCUCCUGAGGUGUUCAUGCAGACCGGGUACAACAAGCUCUGUGACUGGUGGUCGCUUGGGGUCAUCAUGUAUGAGAUGCUCAUCGGCUACCCACCUUUCUGUUCUGAGACCCCUCAAGAGACAUAUAAGAAGGUGAUGAACUGGAAAGAAACUUUGACUUUUCCUCCAGAAGUUCCUAUCUCUGAGAAAGCCAAGGAUCUAAUUUUGAGAUUCUGCUGUGAGUGGGAACAUAGAAUUGGAGCCCCUGGAGUUGAGGAAAUCAAAAGUAACUCUUUUUUUGAAGGCGUUGACUGGGAACAUAUCAGAGAGAGACCUGCUGCAAUCUCUAUUGAAAUCAAAAGCAUUGAUGAUACCUCAAACUUCGAUGAGUUUCCAGAAUCUGAUAUUCUUAAGCCAACAGUGGCUACAAGUAAUCACCCCGAGACCGACUACAAGAACAAAGACUGGGUCUUCGUCAAUUACACGUACAAGCGCUUUGAGGGCCUGACGGCUCGGGGGGCAAUACCUUCCUACAUGAAAGCGGCCAAAUAGUUCCCUUGAAUCAGAGCCCUCAGUGGAGCAGAGUUCUUGGUACAACGUCACGGUUUUCCUCUCACACACUCUUUCGAAAGCGUUUCCAAGAGGUUUCUGGAACCCGCCAGUGUGUCACGGUAAACUCCCCUGAAGUGUGACAGCGAGUGGAUUCUCUUCCGUAAUGCCUCGGGCACAUGCAAAGACAGCCAUUUCUACCGCGGCGGCCAGGAACAGCCGUACUGCUUCUUUAGAAGCCUCGUGAGCCAAUUUGAUAGAGGUUUUAAAAAACGUGUUCUCCUGAGUUCAUCAGAAUGAAGGAGAAAAAAAAACAGCCAUCAUCAAACAUUACUGAGGUUGUAACGCAGACUUAUUGACUAUCAGCCAACUUCUGUGAUUUUGUGACAGACAUGCUUUCUGCCAAGCCCACCAAGUAUUUCCUUUUCCUUUACGGCUGAAAGUUCCACAGGACUAAGGAAAGAAAGCAAUAAUGAAAGCCUCAGCAGCAGCAUUGCGGCUGAAGGAAGUGCUCCGCGCCCCUGUGCGCGGCGGCGAUGUGGUUCCUCCCCGCGCCUCGGUGGCCGAGGGCUCUCGCUCCUCCAUCCAUGGUGCCCUUUAUUUAUGGUGCCAGGAUGAAGACCCCUGUCCGUCCGGGCCUCCCCCUGCCCGGCUCAGACACUCACGCUGCUCUUCUGAGUGUUGACGGGGGAUAACUGGCGUGAUCGACUGUCGCUCUCAGAAGACCCAAGCCCCCGGGCUUUGCCAAGGCGUCCGAGACCCCGCGGGAAACCCUUCCUGCGUCUUCACGGCUGUAUCCGAAAUCCCCAGACGGACGUUGUCGUGGGCCGGCGGUAGCCGCAAGGGCUGCGGGCAGGAACUCGGUCUGCUCCUGGGAGCACAGCAGGGAGCGUCCAGGCCGAGGGGCCCCGAACCCUCGGAACCCUCGUGGCUAAGGUGCUGCUCCCGCUCUGGCUCAGAACCUCCUUGGAAGUGGAGGAAGCGGCCAGGAGAAAGUGCGGAGCCAGCUGCAGACCCCUGCAAAGCUCCCUGCUCAGCGCGGGCUGCAGCUGUGUUUCGGCUCCUCUCUCCGUCUUGUAUUUGUCCUCUCCAGUUUAAGUAGCCAUUUUGCCUUGGAAUCAUGAUUACAGAUUUUUCCUUUGCAGAUGCCUUCCUGGGGGGUGCUCCUCCACUCUAAAGGGUAGCCUGCAGCCUGGGCUGACCGGGCCCCGCUGCUGUGGCGCUCUCCUGAGAGACCCUCAGAAUUUUAGCACAAAGUGCCUUUUCUUUCACAGCUGCCACCACCUUAAGAGGAAUUUUGCUGCGUCAGAAAAAUGUGGAGGCUCCAUAUUAAUGCAUUAUUUUAAGAUGUUUGCUAACUCUGAAAGCAUCAUUUGCACCUGUGUGGUGAUUUUGCCUGUUGCAAAGUGUCAUGGCCAAGCCUCCGCUGGGAGUCUGCUUUCUGUCGGUCUUGAGGUUAAGAUCAGCUGGAAAGGAUGUCCCGGCUUAGCCAUUCCGAAAAGAAAAAUGGGAUGUCAGAGUUACAGUAGUAAAUGAAACUGCUUCAGGUUUUAAUGUCUUUAGAGGAAGAAAAAAAAGAUUAGGGAAGUAUUAACUUUGGAUGAAGGUAAUGUUUGCCCCUUAAUCUUUCAUUCAUGGUCUGCUAGUGAAAAGGAAGUAUAUGAGAUUCUUUUGUGUAACUGUAGUUUCGUUGUAUUACCAAAUAGUUGAGGCUUUGGCCCCCAGGUGUUUUGCAAGUGUGUGUGGUAAGCAUGGUAAAGAGAAGUUCACAGAAGUGGUGGUUCUCUGUGUGGGGAGUGGCAGGGGAUGAUUUGUUUUAGGGGAAAAUGCCCACAUUUUAAACUUCUGAAUAAACUGUGUGAAAACAUUGUGAA